AUGGCAGUUGCGUGGAACGGUAGCCUUUUAAAUAACACUCUCGAUGUCGUUAAAAGCAACGCAGGGUUUUUUAAUUCUGCUUUUGACAAUUUUACAAAUCCCAGUGACUAUCAGCUGCCAACAGCAUUUGUGGCUAGUGUUGUAAUCACUUACGUUCUACUUUUCAUAUUCUCGCUUUUGGGAAAUUGCUUCGUUUGUGUAUUAAUUGGAUUCCAGUUCCUUACACCAACAGUUACCAAUCUAUUUAUAGGUAGCCUUGCUGCAUGUGACGUAUUAGUAACAUUUUGCAUACCCUUUACAGUCUUGAGUAAUUUAAUUUUUAUGUAUUGGCCAUUCGGGACUUUCCUAUGUCCAGUUAUUUCAGUAUUCCAAUUGAUGACCAUUUUGUUAAGAGCUCUAACGUUAGUCGUCAUGACUUGCGAUAAAUACUACGUGCUUUCGCGUCCUUUACGUCGACGACUAAGCACAAAACAAGCCAAACGUAUUAUUGUUGGGCUUUGGAGUUUUUCGCUGAUAUGUUGCCUGCCUGUAGCUAUCUUUUCCAAAAUCAUAUACUUACCCCAGGAACCCGGAUCAAACGGAUUGUGUGUUGAAGUUUGGACUGACAGAACGUUGCGCUACAUCUAUGGAGUCGUCCUUAUGUUAUUGCAGUACUUUAUACCCCUACUGGUAAUGUUGUGUACCUAUUCUCAUAUCGCUGUGAUCGUGUGGAGGAGCAGGGCACCUGGAGAGGCGAACAACAAAAGGGAUGAGAGGCGAAAACAGUCCAAGAAGAAGACCCUGCUGAUGUUGGUUACAGUUGUGAUAACCUACCUCUUGUCUUGGCUCCCAAUAAACGUUAUAUCAAUUGUUGGUGACGUAAACCCGUCCAUUUACGACUCCAUGUCCGUCCACAUGAUAUGGGUUUUAGCCCAUCUUCUUGCCUUCAGUAACAGUGCUACAAACGCCUUGAUUUACUACUGGAGGAACGAGAGUUACCGAAAAGCCUUUAAAACCCUUCGAAAGAAAGGAUUUACAAGAAAUAGAUAUGCAUUUGUUAGAAAUUCGAGAAGAUCCAUUACCCUCACCGAGAGAUUAUAGUCAUAUUAAUGGCGAACGUGUAUCAAGUACACUAUCACAACAUACAACAAAAGAUAAAGUUGUUGAGAAUAUUGGUUAUUUUGCAAUGCCCUUCCAUUCCAUUGAGGAAGGUAUUCUGUGGAAGUUCUAUAAACACGAGUACACUGUGUUGUGGAUUUGAGCUGUUAUCGUGUUUUGCAACUGAAUGUCAACGCGAAGGUAACUCCGAGUGCCCGCCUAAUAUUCUCUAUAUCAAAUGUGUUGUGGAUGAGGAUGUAAACGUUGAGGUUAUGUGUUAUUUAUUUGUGCAAAGAAUGUAUUUAGUAAAGUUUGAAAUAUGUUUUUUGUUUCAUUCUUUAGUGUAAAGCGUAUGUUCUUAGUGAGAAUUGUCCACAUCUGUAAUACCCCGGUAUGUAAUCCAGAAAUAAGUCAAGAAAACCCUACACAAGUAGUGCAUGUAGUAUAAUAAACAUGUUGUAAAGCCGACUUAGUAUAGUCGACUACUACUGUCUUUAAUUCUUCAGGAAUAUAAUGAUAAUAAAUGUUGCUUAG